UUUCAAAUAGUAAAAAUAUUUCCGCGUAGAUCGAGUAACAUUGAAUCUGUAUACUAAAAAAAAUAAUAGUUCAGAAUUAGUACAAUAUCAGACGCUAAACUACGAAGAAAUAUCAUUUUCACUGCCAACGAUGGCGGGUAUGUAAGGGCAUGUAGCGGUCUUUCGGCUCCAAAUAUUAAGCAUUUCCUGUGCAUUACCAGGAACAAUUGAAUAGUAUCACAUAUAUUUGAGAAUAUGAGUAUUCUCGGCAUUCAAUUUGCAACAAUAUUUUGUACUAUAUUAUAGACAAAUCUACUUCGCUUGUAGUAUGAAAUCGGAAGUUGAGUUCAUAUACUGUUCACAUGUUGAGUUCACAUGAGUAUAUAUGAAAAAUUGCGCUUUAUAUAACUGUAAACGUUUUUUGAAGCAUAUUUUUGAAGCAUAUGUUUUGUAUAUUUGCAAGCGUAGAAUAUUUCCGACACUAGUUUUAAUAAAGAUGAUAGUUUGAAUAUUUUUUUUUGAAAUUGCAUUUGUUUCCUUACAAGAUAAAUUUGCAGAUAGAAUACAAAACAAAACUCCAAAUUACUCUUUGUAAUUCUCGGCAUUCAAUUUGCAACAAUAUUUUGUACUAUAUUAUAGACAAAUUUACUUCGUUUGUAGUAUGAUAUCGGAAGUUGAGUUCAUAUACUUUUAGCUUCGGGAAUUGCGAUUUUAUUUUUCGACCCGUUUUUUUCGAAGUUUUUUUCGACCCGUACAACUUCUACAGCAAAAACUUCGAAAAUUUUUUGUCUAGAAGAUUAAAAUUAAUCAUUGUGGCGUAACCUUAGAUACCCUUACACUGUGUCCGAAAAACCAUCGUUACGCCACAAUGGCGUUAACAAAAAGUCUUCGAUUGAUUGAAAACGUUAUUGGCUCAAUCCAUUUAUUUAUCAACCUUCAAACUGCGAGAUGUGGAUAAAAGUAUUUGCCCAUCUUUUUAUAAAAAUAAACAAAUUAUAAAUACCCAUAUUAAAGUUGUCCAGAAUGUGAGAUGAUAAUUUGAAGCAACGCACUGUAAUAUUCGUUAUUGGGAAUUCAGUAAAAUUUAAACAAGCGCUGAUGUCAUAUUCAUAUCGGUAUACUCACUUCUAGAAGACAACAGCUAAAACGCUAGCGUACGAGUAUUACACCAAAACGUCUGUGCAACAUCUGUGACGAAUGACGAUACGAGUUCCUAAUGACUGUUGGACUAUACACGUAGUAGACUAUAACAGUCAAUGGUUAUAUAUGGGCGAAAUAACACGUAGUUAAGCUAUUUUAUGAGUUGUUUAUACGUGGGAGUUUGAAAGCUGAUAUACCAAUAUUUCAGCGGACCUCUGUCAGACCCAUGGAACAGCUCCACCGAAACCCAGAGGUUCGAUUGAACCCAGGUUAAGAGACACUGGUUCAGACGGACAGUUGUCAGGUUUUUGGUUUGACAGAUGCAAAGUCUGAUAUUGAACGUAGUUUAAUACCGAGUGCAGAAAAGAAAUAGCAGGAAAAAUUUGAAAACAACGGUGGACGGAUAUGGUUUGAUUUCUUGCCAUUUCUUGCUCUUUCUACGGUGUUACCCUGGGAACAGCUUUAAAAUGGUAUUGGUAAAUCUGAACUGGGUCAACAUCACAUGAGAAUUUUGUGGUGGGAUUUUAAUUCAAUUUAUAUAGUCUAUUCAGAAUAACAAAUUGAUUUGUAUAAAAAGUAAUAUUCAAGCCAUCAAAAAAGAUUUCAAAUCAACGCGGAAAUGAUCUCUGUAAUUCUAAGAAAUUCAUUGCAGAAGAUUUUUAACCGAAGAUGUAUUCGUCUCGUACACCAAAAUCAUGAACCAAUCGAAGUUAAAGAAGCAAAAGAUUCUUGUCCGGUAUCGUCUCACAAUGAAUGGGAUCCGCUUGAGGAAGUGAUUGUUGGGAGACCAGAAGGAGCCUGCGUGCCAACAUUUUCAAUCGAAGUAAAGGCAAAUACUAACCAGAAAUAUUGGGGAUUUUACGAAACGAACGGAGGUGAACCUUUCCCGCAAGAACAUGUUAAACAAGCUAUUGCAGAAGUUGAAGAAUUUUGUAACAUUUUACGACAUGAAGGAGUCGUAGUACGAAGACCAGAUAUUUUGGAUUGGUCUGAAGAAUAUGAAACACCUGAUUUUAAAGCAAAUGGACUUUACGCGGCAAUGCCUCGAGAUAUUCUAAUUGUUGUCGGAAAUGAAAUUAUCGAAGCUCCGAUGGCUUGGCGAUCUAGAUUUUUUGAGUACCGGGCAUAUCGUUCAAUAAUCAAAGAUUAUUUCAGAAAAGGAGCGAAAUGGACAACUGCGCCUAAACCCGAAAUGAAAGAUGAAUUAUACGACAAGAGUUACCCAAUUAAGAGCGUUGAAGAUCGACGUGUGCUGGCAGAACAAGGGAAAUUUGUAACGACAGAAUUUGAACCUUGUUUUGAUGCCGCUGACUUUAUGCGAGCAGGGAAAGAUAUAUUUGUUCAAAGAAGUCAAGUAACGAAUCGGAUGGGAAUUGAAUGGAUGCGUCGACACUUGGGGUCAGAAUAUAAAAUUCAUGAACUAUCUUUCAAUGAUCCGAACCCCAUGCACAUAGAUGGCACGUUUAAUAUAAUCGGGCCUGGGUUAGUGAUCUCUAAUCCAGAUAGACCUUGUCACCAGAUUGAUAUGUUUAAAAAGGCCGGAUGGAAAGUUGUUACAGCAGCGGAUCCGGUUAUUCCAGAUUCUCACCCACUCUGGAUGUCAUCAAAAUGGCUUAGCAUGAAUGUUCUCAUGUUAGAUGAAAAGCGUGUUUUAUGUGAUACCAAUGAAAUUCCGACCAUUAAAAUGUUUGAGAGUCUAGGCAUAAAGCCCAUAACAGUCAAUCUCCGAUAUGCAAAUUCUCUCGGCGGUGGUUUUCAUUGUUGGACAACAGAUGUCAGAAGAAGAGGAACCUUGGAAUCUUACUUUUGAAUGAUUCCUUGUCAUUGUUAAGAAAAAAAGUCAUCGACGCAUUUAUACGUAAUCAAGAUUUUAGUUUAGCAUGUCUUUCAUAUUUGUUAACUGAUAUAUAUAAUUUCAUGAUAAAACAGAGAUUAAUCGA